CCUAAGACAGAGUACGACAAUCUGGCAGCGUUGCGGAGCCGUUGCAGGUCAAAAGAUCUGUGACAUCAAGAUCAAGAACAAAAUUAGGGCCGCCGAGGGUGUUUGUGUUUUUAAGUUAUUUCAAGCCAAGACAGGAGCCAUAGAAGGUACCUCGGCCCACAUAAAUCACAGACAUGUCUGGUAUAGCCAUAGCCCGUUUGGCUGAGGAGAGGAAGGCGUGGAGGAAAGAUCAUCCAUUUGGCUUCAUUGCUCGUCCCACCAAAAACCCUGAUGGAACACUGAAUCUGAUGAACUGGGAGUGUGCAAUUCCUGGCAAGAAAACAACCCCUUGGGAGAGUGGCCUGUACCGGCUAAGGAUGAUCUUCAAAGAUGAUUAUCCAUCAACACCACCAAAGUGCAAAUUUGAGCCACCUCUGUUCCAUCCAAAUGUUUACCCAUCAGGAACAGUGUGUCUGUCUUUAUUGGAUGAAGACAAAGAUUGGAGGCCUGCGAUUACCAUAAAGCAAAUUCUGCUUGGUAUACAGGACCUGCUGAAUGAUCCCAACAUCAAAGACCCUGCUCAGGCCGAAGCAUACACAAUAUACUGCCAAAACAGACUGGAGUAUGAAAAGAGAGUGCGGGCGCAGGCGAAGGCAAUGACUUCUCCGUAUGAGUAAAUCCAGAUCAUGGGAGGUUCAGGUAAUGCUGUGUUGGUGUCAUCUAGCAACAUUUGCAUUCCAGUUUUUAUUGUGGUAGUUUUUAUGCAGUUUUGUUCAUCAACAUUGACCCCCAUACACACAUUGAGAAAGGAUAGUAAUAUGCAAGGUUUUAUUUACCUCUUCUUUAUGUUUUAUUGGAGUUGAAAAGUAAUUUAUAGGGUUACUUUUUAUUUAGUGUUUGUACCUGUUCUCCAGUUUUCAUUAUGUUGGAAAAUAAUUCACAAAGUUUGUUUUAUUUGAAUUAUAUGUACCUGUUCUUUUCUAUGACUAGCAUUUUAAUCAUAAGAGAAUAAAAAUAAUUAUUUUUGUAAAUGUGGAAAUUAGAAUACUUAGGUGUAAUGGUUAUAAUGAUGUACUAUGUGUUUAGUUACAAUGGGAAAGAAACUUUGACAAGGUUAAGAAUAGCUGGUGCACCACUGUGUUUGGCUGUGGAUGUCUGUGUUAUUUUGAAGCAUAGUUGGAAUCAUUCUAUUGUCCUAAUGCCUUUAUCAUGUUCGUUAUGCUAAGCAGUUGGUCUUUUUUUAUACAGAUGAGAAUUCUUGACAGUAGUCUAAGGAAAGGCUACAAAGUUCAAGUUAAGUCUUGGCUGAGAACAUGUAAGUGUUAAGUUAGAGUUUUCCACUGUAUCACAUGUCUUGGGAAGGGAAUGAGGAACACCUAAAAUUAAGGAUAAUAGUAAUCAGUUAUUUAAUAAAUGUCUUAAUGUCA